CCUUCCCGUUUCUGCCAUGAUACUUGCGGGCAGGACUGGUAGAUCUCGCGUUCAGGCGCCAUCUUGGGGGAGGGCAGUGGAGCAGUUGACGCCAACGGCUUGAGUCCUGCCUCCUGUCCAGGGAGAAUAGAGGAAGGCUCGGUGGCUCGAGGACAGACGACUCGUUGGCAGCGGCUCCUUUUCGGGGCUCGGUAAAGUCCCUGCGCGCGGGUGACAAGGGUCCGGGUUCCCUCCACCCUCUCCCAGCUGCAUACAUAUGCAUAGGGGCUAUCUUGUGUAUAAUUUGGUGUGUUUUCCCUCGACGGGGGCAGCUUCCCGUAGGCCCGUGGCCUGGUAAUCGGCCAUAAAAUAUUUACUUUUGAGGCCUGUCAUCUUCCUGCCUCCCUCGGGGCCUGCUCUUAUUUACGCUUUCGCUGUGCUGUUUUGCUUUGUUAAGCGCGUAUUCCUAGCCCUUCUACGAGGUUGUUUACCUCGUCUUCGUUUUUAUUUAUUUAUUUAUUUAUAAUCUGCCGCACCAAUUCGGCUCUUUCCCCACCAUCACCUCGAAAGAAGUCUCUUCUGCUUCAUUUUGCUUUUUAUAAUCGUGGAAUCCAUAUUACCACUUUCUUUUUGAUUUUUCUGUGAUCUCAGAGCCCCUGUUGCUAUUCUUUCUAAAAUUCGUCUAAAGAAUCCGUUGUUUCUCUCGACUUUCUUGUGAAAAUCUAGUAAAGGGAAGGAUUAGUUGGAAGGAUAAAAGUUGUUCAAAUUUAUCAGCCAAAGAUGGUAAAAGUAGGGCAAAGUAAAAGUCCCAGGCUGCCUAUUUCUUGAAACAUUCUUCCCUCAACCUGCAAAUUUUCAUUUGAGUAUUUAAAAGCUCAGCUUAUUCCUUCGAUUUGAUACUACUCUCUGACGUCUCAUUCAGUUGAAUCCCAAAAGUAUCAAAAAUUAGGAGCUUGAGUAAUUCUGGUUUUUUCUGUAGUUGGCAUAGGGUAUUGCACUAUGGGAAGCCAUCUAAAAGACAGUAUUAAAAUAAGGUUUUUCAGGCAAACAUAUAAAUACAUUGGCUAUCACUGCAUUUACUUGGUGACAUUGAUACUAAUUUCUAAAACAGUUUAUUAACAUGGUACAUGCUGUACUUGAAAGAUUGAACUAUGCACCUAGUGUGUGAGUUAACCUAAGAUAACUAAUUUUGAAUCCAAUAAUAAAAUGUCAUGGAAAACAGAACUGUUGCUUUCUGAUCAUAUUAAGUUUCAUGGAGAUUGCUACUUUAGUGAAGACAGAAUAUGGGAAUAUGGAGUAUCUCUAGUACCCAAAUGACCUAGGCAACAAUUUUAUUGAUAAAUUAGAUGAUGGGUCUUCCAACUGAGGAGCCUUUGCUUCUAAAAUAUGUUGUGGUAUAAUGGAGGAAAGAGAAAGGUUUGUUAUAAAUUUUAUAUAAGAGUGAAUCUAUGCAUAAUGGCCUUUAUAAUACAUAUAUUAAAUCCUUUGCACAUUUGGUACAGAAUGAAAAUGAACACCUGCUAAUUUAGUGUCUCUUUCUGUAUUCAUCCUGAUGUGCAAAUAUGAAGUACUUUACUUUUAAGUGACAAAGGAGCUGUUGCUCGAUUCCAAUGCCCAGUCUGCCAGAGAAGGCAGUUUGCUAAAAAUGUUGGGAGUGGGGGAUUAGGACUAAGAGUGGCCUAUUGCUCUGAAGCAAGGCAUUUUACAAGUUGUGUCAGGAGAUUUUAGAACUUCAUCCAUUGUCUACAUUUAUUCCAGGUUAAUUUUUAAAUAUGCUUAUAUUUAAAAUAAAGGGUUGGCUGUGGCAAGACAGACACUAUUGUUGGAUCAUCGAUUCUUCAGCAGUUUGCCCAAGCAGAACGGGCUUUUGGGCUGUCCCAAAAGACAAUUUGAGUGGCCUUUUUGAUGAUAACUGUGACCUUUCACCCAUCUUCUUGGAAGUAGAAUACAUUAGCAGUUUGGAAUGUAUUCCCAAUAUGUCUCUUCCAGAUGGUAGCUAUAUUAGUAUGGUUCAACAAAACAACAGGUUCUUAUGGCAUUUUAAAGACCAGUCAAUAUUUUAUUUCAAAAGCUUUUGACGGCCAGAACCAGUUCAUCCGAUAUUCAUAUUAGCAGAGAUGGUAUGGUAGAGUCAACGGACUAACAUUCUGGCAGUACUAGGAGGAAAAAUGAUGUGAUGUGAAAGGAUUCUACUGAGGAAGAUAAUUUUAUAAGAUUUGCCAAUGAUGUUUAUCUUACUACUGCAGCUUUUUAUUUGUCUGGAGAAAACACAGCUUACUUACAGAAGGUAACAAAAUUGACCAUCACAUCCAUAUGCCAGAAAUUGGGGAAAGACAUAGCACUGCCUGGAACUUUUUCUACACUGAAGCCUAAUAUGCCUUUUGACCUGAAACAUCAGGUUUUUUAAAAGAUAGGAUCCCUAAAGGGUAGGUGAAGGAUAUGUUUUUGUUUCUGGACUGUUAAUGGUCCACAUAUCUGUUUUUCUGUUGUCUGCAUAAUCCUUUUCACUGAAUUCUGGCCAACCUAACUGAAUGUAGCAGUGAGAUGAAUGGAGCAGAAGUUGAUGUUUUUUCAAAUUUUUAUGCAAAUAUCACCAGAGUAGUGUUUCCCGUAUCAUUUUUCAAGACAAUGGCACCGUUUAUUUUGUACAGUGCUGGGAAAGAAAAGAUUUUCUUGACUUUAGAGAAAUCUGUAAAGAAACAAAUUCAUUUAGAUUUUCAAAUGCAAUUUACCCAUGAUUUGCUGAUAGUUUUAUGUUCCGCUCUGCAUUUUUUAAGAACAGCACCUCCCCUUUUCAGCUUAUAUAGUGCUGGAAAAGUUUUAGAAAGUACACAUUACUAUGAAUAUUGCAAAAUAUUGUACAGCAAUUGUACUUUAUAAGACUUCACAACAGUUGGAAUGUGACUUUUCCUAGUUUCUCCUCUCCCCUUCUUUCUUUCUAAGGGCAGACUUGAAGACAUUUAUUCAGUAAGAGGCUCUAGUCUUGUUCAUGCACUGUUCUUAUGUAUUGUUUAUAAGUAUUUCAUGUAUUCAUCCAGGACAAAUCCUGAACACAAAAUGAUUAAGAGUAUGUCAGUAGAUGCUAGAGCAAUUAGUCACUAUUUCAGCCAGUCAGUUAAAAUCUAUCAAAUAGUUGAAGAGUAAAGCUUCUUAACCAUCUUUCACAACUGUACUUAAAAGAAGCCAUAGCUUCUCUGUGGAAACUCCUUUAAAUUUUGUAGUGCUGCUAAAAGGCAAUACAGAAAUGGCUAGGGCUUAUGAUGGCUUAUGUGUAUGAGACAUCCCUGAGCUGUUUGAAAAGGUUGCAGACUCAAGUGCUGCUCUUGGACCAUCAUUCUGAUCUUACAAAAAAUGAAGAAGAGCUUUCAAAUCAAAGGUGCCAUUGUAGCUUUAGCUCACUGGAUGGUGUGUUUUUCAAGACUGAAACUGAUUCUUGGAUGAGGCCUGUGCUUGGCCUCCUACUCCUAGAUUCCUGCUUUGGAGAAUAAGAUAUACUAUCCUCACUGUGCAAUCCAAUGCAUGAAGUAGGCCUUGUCAAGUCAAAUGGCUCUUACUCCUAAAUAUGUGUGUGGCAUUGCAGCUUCAAAGUACAAUCAUGGAAGUUACAGAUGCAUUAUUGGGGAGGCAGCAUCUGGACAUCUUUGGACUAUGGUUGUCAAAACUUACACCACUAAUCAUAAGCGUAUUCUGGGGAUUUUAAUACCUACCAAAUGCUGUUGAUGCCACCAGCUACUGCUAUAGACCAUUUCAAAGGGCAGUUUUUAGGCAAGUGCAAUUAACAGAAAUCUAUAUUUUGGUGGAAGAAGCUGAGCAAUUGGUUGGCAUUGGCCCAAGCAGGCAUAAAUUAUCUCAGUUGCUUGAUCUUCAGUGUCAAUAUCACAAGAGUUUUGGACUCUGAACACAAGUUUGCUUAAGGUUUAGACUAUUGAGCAGAUUUCUUAAGAUAAAGAGAACUAUUUUGUAUAUAAUCUUCAUUCACUCCUUUCACUUUGAUGUGCAUCAGGCUUCUCACUGCCAUGAAAUUGUGAGCUAGAUUUAUUUCUGUUAUUCAGGACAGUUGGAUGUUGCUUUCUAUUUUUAUCAUUAGAACCAGCUGGUUUAUGGACUUCAGAACAUCUUACCGCAUCCUCAGUGAGUCAGGCAUGUGUUUGCUAGUUGAAGUGUCCAUUGGACAGUAUGAACAGAUUUUCUGCUUAAAUUAUUCGGUUUAUAUUUCUGGAAGUAGUUAGCCAAUAAUCAGUUGACUCUGCAAGCUUUUGUACCAUCUCAAUACAUCUUAAGCUUCAUCAGGAUUGGCAAUACUAUCUUGAGAAACUAAUUGGCUUUGAAAUACUAUUCCAACUAUCAGACUACACCAGAGUUACUCCCAUUAUUUUUACAGAAAAAGGUGGACAAAUCAUUCAUUUCAUUUUCUUGAUUUAAACAGCUGAGAUUUUUCACCUGAUAAUGUUAUCGGUUAGAAGUGCUGUAUGUAUUUAAAUCAUGGCAGAUAACCAAAAUGCUUUUUAACAAGUGUUGAACUGGAAUUUAUAGCUGAAUAAACCAAACAUGCUGUGUCAUAUAAUAGAUACAGUAUGUGUACAGAAAUUACACCUUAUAUGGAAGAGAUAAAUACAUUUUUAUGUAUUUGCAAAAUGGAAAUAUGUUAAGUUCAUUUGCUUCUGAUUUGCGGGUGUGUUUUGACCAUUUUUCCAGUUGGGAGAAAUAUGAUAUGAAACAGUGUAGCUAAAAGGUUUUCAGUUGAUUCAUUACCCACAAUUUCCCCCCAGAUUUAUUUGUGGAGUAAUAUUGAAUUGUGGCAAAUAGUGGUAAUAUGAAUUCGACACACAUAAUUCCUUAAUGUAGUUUACACCUUUUGAAACCCCAUUAUUAAUUAAUGUAAGCAAAUCAAGCUUAAGUCUCAGAAAAGGAGGGGGGGCGGAAAUACAAGCAAGUAACCAAAAUGUGUUGCUGUAGAUGGUAGAUUUCUGAUCCUGAUUCAACAUGAAUUUAAAAACAAAAACAGAUCCUUUUCUCUGUUCAUUAGAGUUGGAGAAAUAACAUGCCAAAAUUAUUUAAAAUAUGCAAGUCAUUUUGUAAGUAAAAGGUUCCAGACCUGUGUUCUUCAAGUGCAAGAAACUGCAUGCUUUCAAAAUAAAUUUUAAAGAGAAAUCAGUGUCUUGCAGUAAAGACAUUUUUAUUUUGAUCACAUCAUGGUGGGGAUACAUCACUUGAAAGGCUGUUGGACUUGCUGCAUCCUUUCAACCUUAUCACUGAAAAGUUGUGCCUUAUGAUAAAUCUUUGCAGGGAUGUUUGGGGUGACAGAACAAAAGCAGGCACUGAAGAAAAGAAAUGGAAUAUCUUGAAAGCAAAAUUAAAUGAUUAAAUUUCCUUGAUUUUAUGCAUCCGCACCUGUUUAUUUUCAAGAGCUAUAACGCAGUUGUUUUUUGCAUAAAAUUCACUGCAAUCCAAUUUGUCUAAAAUUAGUUCUUAAAACUUACAGCUACAUACAUCAUGUGUGUACCCUGUGUCUAAGAGUAUGUGCAUUGUAACUGUUGGCGCUUAUACAUGUAUGGUAAACAAUUGGCUAAAAUAUAGAUUUGUAUGAAAAAUUAACCACUCUGACUUCCCAUAUUGAACUCUUUUCAGUUGCAACAUAGCCUUUUACUGCUGUACUUGUAUAUAUAUUGAUGCAUGUAUAAACACAUAUGUAAGGCAGCAUAUAUAUGUGUAUAUACAUAUUUAAGUUUAUACAUACAAGUUUUUUUUACUAUACAUUUAAUAAAGAUCGGGGAAGAUUUUUCCUUUUUUCCAAUAGGUGAAGAAAUCUUGAAGACCAGAAAUUGAAACAGUGUGUUUUAAUUAAAAAAAAAAAAAAAAAAAAAAAGUUAAAUUUACCGGCUGUAGAAGAUGUCCAGCUUCUUCUUUGCAGCCACUUUGAAACGCAAGUUCAUCUUUAAAUGAACUGUUUAUUUUGAAGAGGCAAUUAAACUUCACUGUCUUCAGCCUUCCUGACCAUUCAGAUGGACUUGCUUUCUCCAAUAGUUGUAAUUCACCCUCUGUUUGAAUUUUGAAUGAGGAUGACAUGUGUUUCCUUGGCAAUGUGAGGAAGAAAAGUUUCUAUCCCAUUGUUAUCAAUUCACGGAUUGAGUGUUGAUUCGACCUACAGGAGAAAAAUAGCUGGAAGUCUUUGAAGAUAGUUAUUUGCUGAACUUAUCAAGAUUAUAUUAAAAGAAGAUAACAGUAAAUCCAGCCAAUAGAAGAUUUCCAGCCCAAACGAAGCUGCACCCAGCCAUCACUGAGAAUUCAGCUAUUAGGCUUUCCACGAUAAGUUUGCAGUAAAGAUUCAGCACAGGAUGUCUAAUCAAGGAGACGAUUGUUACUUUUAUUUUUACUCCACAUGUACCAAGGGUGACAGUUGCCCCUUCCGUCAUUGUGAAGCUGCCCUGGGGAAUGAAACUGUCUGUGUGCUCUGGCAGGAAGGGCGAUGCUUCAGGAGUAUUUGCCGGUUUAGACACAUGGAGAUUGAUAAAAAACGCAGUGAGAUUCCAUGCUACUGGGAAAAUCAGCCUGUGGGCUGUCAGAAGUUGAACUGUGCUUUCCACCACAACAAGGGACGUUUUGUGGAUGGACUUUUCUUACCUCCAAGCAAGACUGUUCUUCCAAACGUUACUGAGUCUGCAGAAGAAGAAAUGAAGGCUACACAGAUCUCACUUCAGCAGAAUAAGCUUUCUGUUCAGUCUAAUCCAUCCCCUCAAUUGCGUGGGGUAAUGAAGGUGGAAAAUUCUGAAAAUGUACCCAGCCCCACUCAUCCACCUGUUGUUAUAAAUGCUGCAGAUGAUGAUGAGGAUGAUGAUGAUCAAUUAUCUGAAGAAGGUGAUGAAUCUAAAAUGCCAGUUCAGCAACCCUCUGCAGAAGUUCCUAACGGGUUGCGAAUAAUUUCUACUCGGAAAACAGUGACCAGCGCAAAGCAAGAUAAAGAUAAUAGUUUGAAUUUUGGGAUCAAAACACUUGAAGAAAUCAAGUCAAAGAAAAUGAAGGAAAAGUCAAAGCAACAGAGUGACAUCCCUUCUGAAGUCACUGGCCAAAUCCAGGUUCAUCCAGGUCCAGAGAAAGAAAAUGUACGGACUGUGGUCAGAACAGUAACUUUAUCUACAAAGCAAGGUGAGGAGCCUCGGAUUAGAUUGACUCUUGCAGAGAGACUGGGAAAACGGAAGCCUCACAUAGCUGCUGAGAGUGGUCUUCUGUUAAAACGCAGCCUUGCCGAAAGACUGGGCAGAAAAAUAGAUUCCCUGGAGAAUGCAGACAAAACAGCAAAGAAAGUACAAUUUCCCAGAACUCUUAAGGAGAGACUAGGGUUGCCGUCAGAGCAGAACAAUAUGGAAACAGAGAACGCUGCCAAACCAGCGGGUGAGAUCCAUGUGAAAACACUGGAAGAAAUCCGUUUGGAGAAAGCUAGCCAAAGAAAGGGAGAAACUCAGUCCAAACCCAAGAUUGAAGUUGCUUGUACCACAGAUGAUUCCAGUUUAGUGGCAAAACCAUCUCCUGCAAUCAGGAUCAAAACCUUUUCUGAAGUCCUGGCUGAGAAAAAACAGAGACAAAUGGAAGAGGAACGGAUAAAAGCUGAAAAAGAAAGCACGACCAAACCAAAGCAUGAGUGUGAGCCUCAGAAGCAGUGCUCUCAAGUUUCGGCUGUGUCUAGCAGAAGAAACCUAGAGGAACCUUCUGGCAAAACCAAGGACUUUGCUGAGGUACGCAUCAAGACUCUGGAGGAAAUCAAGCAGGAAAAAGCACUUCGAAUGCAGCAAAGUGCAGAAAGCAUGUCAAAGCCACAGAUGCAACCUGAACGAGCUCUAGUUGGGAGGAGACCGCUGAGCAUGACAAAGCCAGCAGCAGCCCCUGGAAAGGAAGAAAAAGCAUCCCUGGAGCUGAAGUCUUCUCCAAAAGCUUCCGCAGUGGAUGCUACUGUGAAGCCCUUGAAUGACAGUGUGAGCAAUUCACAUUCCAAAGUGUAUGUGAAGAGCUUAGAAGAGAUAAGGAAAGAGAAACAAAGGCUAAAACAGCAGCAAGAGAGGAAGACCCAGGAGGAACGGAUGACUGUGCCACCUGCUGGGGAAGAAAUGGCAGAAGGGAAGGCACCAGCCACUACAAAUCCUGAAUCUCCUGUGAAAACAGGGAAAACCCGUCUACCUACAAAGAGGUUACUGGUGAGAACCCAGGAGACCGCACCAGAGAACACGGGAUCAGCAGAGCUGAGGCUUUCUACCCAACCUGUAGAACCAAGGGCUAGAGCCAAAUCCAAGGUGAACAUGAAAACAUGUGGAUUGAAACCUUUGUCUUCAGCAAAGCAAGCAUUGAAACGUAAAGCACCAGAGAGUCGUCCCUCCAUUGCAGCAGUGAAGCCACUGAACCCCAUCCCAAACACAGACGUGAAAGAACUUCCACAUGAAACACUACCUUUGCCAAAUGCUCCAGGCCUCCCGAAGAACACUGGGGUCACAGUUCCUGACAGAGUGUGUUCCAACAGAAAUGCACAACCUACAGCCUUCCUUGUGACCUUAAUUGUAGCUUCCCGUGCCAUGCCUUCCCUAGAGGGCCUGUUCCUGGCAAGGAGCAACAGUGGCAAAGGGGCCAUUUGCACUGGAAAUGCUGCCAUUGGGAUGCAAAGACACUCUUCUGCUGUCCUCUGGUGAUUCUUAUACAGAUAACUGCUAGCAGUAAGGUAAGAGCAGCAUCAGUGGUCCUGAACCGGCAGCACACUGGCCGAAUAGACCAAGAAAGUUGUGUGCCUGCCUUAUUUUAACCUUGCAUAAAGUAUAGCUAUUGUGUCACUGUAGGUACUUGCACAUAGUUGGGUGAAAAGAUGCUAUAAAUGGGCAUGACUUCCACAUGUUCCUCGAUACUAUGCUCAUAUAGUGCCAUCAGCAUGUCUGGUGUUUCAUAGAGUAUGUGAGGACAGGUGCCUCCUGCAAGUUCACAGUUUAAAGUCAGACAUGAGGAAGACCAGGAGAGGAAGGAAAUGGGUUUUUCUCCUCUAUAGGCAGGUUGGAUUUCAUGGAAAGGAAAAAAUGUGGGAGGCGGAUCAGGCAUAAAUGUUCUUUCAUGUUGUAGUAUUUCCUCAUAAUGUUGCUCCUGUCCCUGGAACCGUUUACUUCCCUUUUUCUCCGUUUCCCAACAUUACAGUGACGAUUUUUAGGUGUGACCAAAACUGUAACAGCAAUCCAUGUAUGGUUGCACCAAACUUUUAAAUGUCUCACCCCCAUCCCACUGCUGUAACUUUAAAAAGCUUUGGAUCCAAAACCAUUUACUUCAUGUAUAUUCUGAUCCUAUGCAUGUUUUUCAAAAGGAAAUACUUUUGCAUUGGACUGGACUGUACCCUAGAUCUGAAUAGUUUUAAAUUUCUAUUAUAUUUCUGUUUGGUAAUUUUUAUGAACGGCCCAGAGCACUAGCUAUUGGACAGCAUAGAAAUGGCAUCUCUCCAGUGUCAUGGGAGGGACAAAAAUAUUAUCCACUGCCUUCAUUUCUCCACAUCCUUUAUAUUUUGUACCCCUCUGUCAUGUCUCUCCUUACCUGUUUUCUAACCUAAACAGUUCCAGAUGUUGUACCUUUCCUCAUAGUGGCAUUGUUUGAAAUUUGCUGUAUAGGUGAUUCAGCGUACAUAGCAAGAAAGCUCGUGAUGCUUGUCAGACACCACACUACUACUAGGUAAAAUUUGAGGCAGCAAAGGUUAAACAAAACUCCGGAAGAAGUGAGACUUCACACACUUGGACCACAGGUACCCACAUUUAUCAGGACUGAGAAAUUCAGAAGCAAAAUCCAGCCACAGACACACAAUCACUUCUGACUCAUUUACACUGCGGCAUUCAUGAUGCGGCACAACUAGAGACCAAAAACAUACCAAGAAGCAAGAAAGAACUGGGCUACAUUUUUGUAUCUUUUUAUUUACAAUUAGAUUAAAAAAAAUGCUUGCCCAUAGACAAUGGAUGGCCUCACAAGUUCAGUCUGAAUUUGUCAGAGACACUGCAGAGGACCAGAUGACCGCAACAGACAGAGAGGACAGGAAGUAAAUACUCGGCACUGAUAUCUAUUGAGGCUUUGCUUGGUUUAUAGCUAUAUUUUUAAUUCAUUAUUUUUGCCAAAGAAUGAGGCAGUGGUCUGCUGGGUUCAAUUUCUUAGUUCAAACACAGCAAAAUAAAUGGCCUAAACAAUCCAAAUCCAGUUUUCUGUCAAUUACAUCACUGAGUUUGCAUCUGGUGUAGACUGAGAAGCCAGCAGUCUCGUUCAAAUUAUAGCAAGGCCCAAAAGUAGCAAACUAACUGAAAAAUGACUAAGGAUUUUGAUCUGUCCUUUAAAGGUUGGAGACCAAUUCUUCACUAAUGAAGGUUUACUGGCUAGGAGAAAAAGAUUAGAUAAAGGCCAAUGCAAAUGAUAGCUUUGGACACCUAAUUCAAGCUGAGUAUCACUAUGAAUCCAGUAAUAGCUUACAUCUGGUCUGCAGUCAUAUUUGGGGUAAACCUAUUGAAAUCAAAAGGACUUAGCCAUGACUAAGUUUUCACACUGAUUUCUAUAUAGUCAAGUAUGAAUAAAUUUGAAUUAAACCAAUUGAUUACACUAUAUUCCUGCUUCUGCCUAAUUUUGUCAAAUGUCUUCUCAAAAUUGGAUCUGAACCCCUUGAAGAGCUCAAUGAAACUUCUGUUAUGGCUAGAAGGUCCCAUUGCCUCUUCCAACUCACAUCGCCUUUUCCCAGCUACACUUGAAAUAGCUGGAGAUAAAUCUCCAGUCAGUCAUUCUAAAGUGAUGUUGUGUGGGUACUCAAACCCAGAUUUCCCAAGUCACCCAGUCCAGAACUUUAACCACUACACUGCACUGGUUCUCAAUUAUUUUAGUUGUGAAUUCCCCAUAUACAGGACAAUUCUCCAAGCCAGUAGUACAGCAUGCCUUGCAUGCUGGACAUUCCAAGUUCAAGCUCUGGUAUUUCCAGGUACGGCUGGAAAUAUUCUUGCUAAAAAUGCUGGAGAGGUGCCGCCAAUCAAUGUUAAUAACAUUGGGCUUGACAGACCAGUGGUCUUAUUUGGUAUAAGGCAAUUGCCUAUUUCUAGUGAAAAUCAACCCCCUACCCCACUUUUAUUUUUAAAUUUGCUGUAGACUUGGGAAAGUGUGGAUUUGUAUACUCCCACAGGUUUGAAAUGAGCCUUGUCUAGUGUGUGUCCUGGAAGGUAUUUGCUGCUGAAGUGCAGAAGGCAACAAGCAUGGGCAUUAACCCAGAGAGGCUGCAAACAGUUAUUCUAACUUUCCUCUUGUUUCAAGGGAAAACAAGACCACAAGUGAUCUUUGCUUGCAAAAAAAUGGCCAGCACAUCACUACCUGUGCAGCAAGAGCACCCCUCCUCGCAAUAAAUAUAUUCUGGACCUGACAUUUCUUAGCCUUUUGUAUUUUUUCUUGAGAGUUUAGAUGGUCAGAUAGGUGGAAGAGCGUGAAUCACCACCUUUUAUAGGAGCACAGACUUUGAUGGCUGUCAAAGCUUAGGCUUCAUUUAAAAGGGGGUUUUUGACAGGGCUCUUCAGGAUUGGUUGGUUUGUUUAAACAAGGACAAAUGAAUAUACAUAUUAAAAAAACACUUGGGAACUUUUGAGGGGGUGCCACUGGCUGUUAACUCAGAGAUGGGUUGAUGAUCUGUAAGUGAUCUCAAAUAAUUAAAAUUUAAAAAUGAUCUCAAAAAGAAGUGGGGAGGAAAGACAAAGUGAACAAGAAAGAGUCACCAUUAACAAGGGAGAUACUGAGCCAGUGACACUUGCUCCGCUGUGCUGCUUAGGCAUCAGCAUGGCUGUCACUGGCAGUGGUCCAGGUGAAACUGACAAGAGCAGCAAAGGGCUUUGCUGAGUGGCUUGUCACUUUUCUGGUCCUCUAGUGGUGGUUGGAUGAGAUAACAAUUCAUCAGGGCUCCAACAAACCCUAACGAAAGUCCUGAGUUGUCCAGGUUCUCACACAAGUUAUCCUUCAGGACGCAGUGCAGAUCUGCACAAGAUGACAACCUACUGUGACUUGUCAACCCAAUCAACAUAAUUCAUACUUCAACCACCACCCAUGGUUCAAUGAUAACCCACACUCUGCCCAUGCACAAGCUAAGUGUGGCUAGAGUCAAAUGCUAUCUGAACCCACUCAGUGGGAAUUGUGCAGGCAUCUAGUCUAUUUUACUUGCCCUACACAGGGAGAGCUUUAAUAGAUAUACAGUGUCUGGGUUUGGACAGCAUGAUAAACCACACUCAAGGAUUUGAGCAUGAGUUGUCAUUGAACCAUGGAUCAUUGUGCUCGCUGAAUCCAGCUGUGCUAACAAGCUAUGGCUUGUUUAUGUGGUUGGCUUCAGGCAAUGAAAUAAACCAUGCUUCAACCAAAGCUCAUAGUUCAGCAGAAAACAAGUUAAAACUUGUGUUGUCUGAAUCCAGCCACUGUAGGACUAUAACAUGUAUUUAUUAAGCUGCAAUGUCAUAAAUGGCUCUUACAAUGUAUUUAUCUUAUGGCCUUUAAUCAAAACAAUACCCUUCAUUUGGUCUCCAUAAGAUGUUGGUCCUAGGAUUGACAGUAUGAUAUUGGUAGGAUCUGUUGUAACCUGAAAUUUCAUUACAUUUCUCUAUCACUCCUCAUUCAAGUUAAGAAGUAGCUAGAACAUCUAGAUUGGGCAGUGGUGGGCUGACUGAAAGGCACAAAAAUAGUAGCUGUCACAUCUACCAAAUUAUGGCACAAAAGCACAGAUCACACGGUAACAAGAACCACAGAGCAUGGAGGCCACAGAAAUCAGACAAUGCUCACAUUAGUAGUAGUUUGGCAUUUUUGAAAGGCAGCAUAGAGAACCAUAAUAGGGGAAUGCUUAGCUUCCUGGCCAGUUAGAAUAAGCCUUUUAAAAAGUUGCAUUUUGUUUGGAUAUUGUGAAAGUGAAAAGGACUUUGGUGUGUGGAAAUACAGAUUCGUUUUCACAAAUGGAUGUAUACUAUUGAUUCAUGGGACAAAAAUCAUGUUCUUUGCUUCUCCUAUCUGCCUGCUUUGAAACUUAGAAAAUAACUUGUUAGCUUAAUUUCCAAGACAGCAAAGUUGUGUUAUAUUACCAUUUAGCCUUUUAGCAUUAUAUUAACCUGAGCAUUAUGCUGUCCUUCAGUGCAUGAAAGCAAAAAAGUAAGGUUCUAUGGGGCUCAACUUAUUAAAAUUUGUGUGCAAUCUUUGACAUGCCAGUAAUGUGGUCCCAAGGAAAGCAGCACUGUGGUGCCAAAGGUGUUCGUGUAGUGUUAUCCUUGCAGAAAACACUUGAGGCGGCCACACUGAGCCCAGCAUGGGCAAGUGCCUGUCACGUACCUGCAGAGUAAUGACGUCAUUAAAUCACUAAAUCAGGACUGAGGCCAGAUGCCAGGGCCUAACCAAUACAGGAAAAGCAACACUUUGGUUUCUUUAAUACUUGCAUAGGAAUGGAAAUCAAGCAGGUGGCACCUCUCCUCAUAGCCUGAAGGGAGAACCAGCACUUCCCAUUUUUUCUCCCCUCCAAGCAACUAUUAAAGACAAAGUAUGGUAUAUCUGUUUUCCCCAGAUGGAGAGCUUGCCAACAGUGCCCCAUCCCCUUUAUCCAAGCAGGAGGCUGACUUUUAAAAAUUCUUCUGAAAGCUGGGGAUUUACAUCUAACAGUUUAACAUUUUAAUCAUUUCAUGAGAAGAUGCUGAUUUUGAGGAACUGACCAGGUUUUUACCUCUUGCUAGUUCCACUGAAUCCUCCCUUUCCCUGUUACUCCACAAGAUUUCCCUCUGCUUACUGCCUUCCCGCAGGUCUAGUACAUGGACUAGAUUCUGCCUACGGUAUCUACUAUAUAUAACUGACCACAUUAUCUUUGGAGUACAGGAAUGUCUUUUGUGGCUACCUAAUACAGGAUUGAAAUAGCACAUGCAACAGGUAACUUAAGGACAUGUUGAAGUCCUCUGUUGAAGCAAUGACUUCCUGACCAAAUUCUGUUGUAUCACAUGGUGGUAUCAAAUUCUCCCGUCCUGCACGGAAGAACAACACAGAGACUAGGACAAAUGGCAAGACUAGCAAACGGCAACUAUUUCCUAUAGAAGAGCAUCCAAGACUUUCUGUUAACAAUAUGUGCACAAAGAUAUUCCCAAAAACCUUUUUGAAAUUUUUGCUGAAAUAUGUUGAUUGCUUCAGACAUGCACUUUUUAUCAGGUUUUUCAAUAUAUGCAGAGGUGCAAUAAAUGCAUGUUUCAGUUGCCCCUGCUGCCAGGUUCAAGAGGAUCCUCAGUCUUGGAAAAUGUGCAUACUAAAAGAAUAAAAUUAGAAUUGGCUUUUAAUUUUCAAUACUAUACUCUAUGCACCUAUUAAAAAUGAUAUCAUGUAAUCACUUAAUUACACAUACCAUAUCUGUAUGAUUUUGUUGCUGAGCAUGGUGUUUUUUUGGAAAGGAUAAACUGCUAUAUUUUUUUUUCAAAUGUUAAUGUGUGUCACUAUGUCCGUGACUGCUGCCUGAAGCUAACAUUUGUUAAUGUUCUUCUUCGACAGGUGUGUGUGUAAAAGCAGUGUUCUGCCUUUUCUCUAAUAAAAGAAAUUAUUCUUUUA